AUGGUUAAAAAAGCUGGAAAAGUCUCUAAACAUUCAAGAGCGGCCCGUAGGCUGGAAUUCACCGAUACGGAAGCCCAGUCUCUGGCCGAGUUACCUCGAGCUCAAAAUCUGGACGUAACCAACAAACUGAUAAGAACGGCAUCGAAGAAUGAGCAGCUUCUAGAGGCCAAGAUGAAAAAGAAGCAGAAAACAGCUAAUAAAGUUGGCAAGAAAGUCGCUGCAAAAAGUGCCUUGGAAAAUCUGGACAACGAGAGAAUCGCGCGGGCUCUGAACGUCUCCCACCGAUUAGAUGGCAAAGUAGAAAGGGCCAAAUCCAGAGCGAAGUAUGUCCAAGGUGCCCGCAAGGCUGGAUGGGACAGUACCAACGAAAGCAUAAGAAGAGAUUUGGCUAAACUGACGGGUCAGAAGGCAGUGCAAGAAAAUAGUGGGGAAGAGGGCCAAGAAGACGCCAUGGAAGACGAUGAUGCUGGUGAAGACGAAUCAGGCCAAGAAAGCCAGGCGCAAGAGACUAGAUCUGUCUCCACGAAUGUGUUCGGUCUUCUGUCCGACGACGUGGAGGCCUAA